GGGGCAUCCUCGUGGCCACCGACGGAUCCUUCCAAGCGGGCAGGGGGGCGUGCGCCACACUCGUCAUGCGCUCCGGGCAAAGCGAGUGCAAGGCAUACCGCCGAUUCGCAGUGAAGAGCGCGUACGCCAUGGAGCGCCUCGGCCUGGAGCGCGCCCUCAGCGAUCUCACUGGGGAAACAUGGGCAACGGAAGAAAACAGGGGGAAAGAGGUGCUCAUUAUGGUCGACUGCCUUGGCCUCCUUGAGCGCCUGGAGCGGCUCACGCACACUGUUCUCGAUGGGUCGCAAAAGGACGUCGAGCUGGUGCAGCUGCUCGACGACGCCGCCAGGCGAUACAGCAAAGUCACACUGGCCUUCACCCCUGCACACUGUGGCAUCGAGGCCAAUGAGAUCGUCGAUGCGAUAUGUGGGGCCGCCUGUCCCGACGCACCGCUGGGGAACAACACAGACGAGAAUCCGGAAGGGGAGCCUCUGUGCCACGAAGAAACGAAAGAGGCGGCCCGGGCAGUGCUGGAAAGCGAAGAAGAGGAAACGAUGAGGCGACUGGCCCGUGCGGGGUCUGUCUCCGGCGAGGUUAUCACCGAUCUCGACCUCAACCGGAAAAAGCUCAAAGAACUCUACCGGGCGGCGCGGGGCGAAGGCAGGUGGCUGCAGCGAAUGGUGGGGGAGGUAGCGGGCGGCAUGCGCUUCAAAACCCUCUGCGAUCUCGGCCUCCGCCCCCGUAUAUGUUCCACCUGUGGGGAGACAAUAGACUCGUGGAAACACAUCCGGGUUUGCCACGAGUACACGAGGUUGGGACGAACCUCCGACGCGCAGGAGAUCCUCGACUUCCUCCGCACAGUAUGCGACGCCCGGGAAGGGCCUCUCGACGGCGGGGAACAAGACUCCGAGACAGAGGACGAGGCAGGGGCGGGGCAGGGAGAAGAACCCGCCGAGACCAGCACUACGUCCGACACCACCAGCAGGGGCGCCGUGACGUCCAGCAGCACCAUUCCCGACGGCGGUCCGGUCGGACGGCCGAGCACCCACCCGUGUAG